CGCCGCUCCUUCCCGGCCGCGCCGCCAUCUUGGCUGGAGCCGUGAGGGAGCCGCGGCCGCCGCUGCCCGCCCCGCCCGCUCCGCCGCCAUCGCGGCCCGGCCGCCGCUCCCCGCCUGCUCCCUCCCUCGGCCGCGGGCAGGAGGGGCCGCCCGGGGCCUGGCGGCCGCGGAGAGAUGAGCAGCAGCAGCAAUAAGAGGGCCCCCACCACAGCCACGCAGAGGCUGAAGCAGGAUUACCUGAGGAUCAAGAAGGAUCCAGUGCCUUACAUCUGUGCUGAGCCCCUGCCCUCCAACAUCCUGGAAUGGCACUACGUGGUGCGAGGGCCCGAGCUGACCCCAUAUGAAGGUGGAUAUUACCACGGAAAAUUAAUAUUCCCUCGAGAAUUCCCUUUCAAACCCCCCAGUAUUUAUAUGAUCACCCCCAAUGGAAGGUUCAAGUGCAACACAAGGUUGUGUCUGUCCAUCACGGAUUUCCACCCGGACACCUGGAACCCGGCCUGGUCGGUGUCCACCAUCCUGACGGGGCUGCUGAGCUUCAUGGUGGAGAAGGGGCCCACCCUGGGCAGCAUCGAGACCUCCGAGUUCACCAAAAGGCAGCUGGCUGCACAGAGCUUAGCGUUUAACUUAAAGGAUAAAGUCUUCUGUGAGCUCUUCCCUGAGGUGGUGGAGGAGAUGAAGCAGAAGCAGAAAGCCCAGGACGAGCUGAGCUCCAGACCCCCCUCGCUGCCCCUGCCCGACGUGGUGCCCGACGGGGACGCGCACCUGGGGCACAACGGGCACGCCCUGCUGCACGGGCACGGGGCGCUGGCGCCCGGGCACGCCGGGGGGCUGCAGCAGCCCCCCCGCAACCACGGACUCUUGGGGGGAGCCCUGGCGAACUUGUUUGUCAUCGUGGGCUUCGCCGCCUUCGCCUACACAGUCAAGUACGUGCUGAGGAGCAUAGCCCAGGAGUGAAGUCCUGCCAGACCAAAUUCCAGUGGGGUUUGGGGUGCUCGGGGCUCUUCGGGGGGAGUUUGGGGCUUGGCCCUGCCUGGGGCUCGGGGAACCAUUUUGGUUUGUAGAGUUCUCCUCCAUCCGUGGUUGAACAUUGAAGAUCUUCAGAACAUUUUGACUCCGUUGGGUUUUCAAUCCAGGAUGAGUGAACUCUUUGGAAUGGGACUUUUGGGAUUGGACUCUUUGGGGUUUUUGCCCUGCCUGGGUUGUGGUGGGGCUUGGUGGACACCUUGAUUGUAGAGUUCUCCAUCUGUGGUUGAACAUUGAAGAUCUUCAGAACA